AUGGUGGCAAAGGCAUUUUCACGGUCCUUGACCAAAUUUGCUAGGCAACGGCGAUGGCAGGUGCAAUCUAUUGGAACACGCGCCUUGUUCCAGUCAGCUGCUUCCAACACGAAAGAAUCAUCUUCAUCCAACUUGGCUCCGUUGCUCGGUGGAAGUGCGCUCUUUUUGGGUGCCCUAUGUCUCAAGGAACAGGGCGAUUCCUUCAAAACUACUCGACUGGAAGCUCCUCCCUCCUCCAAUUCAACAAUUAGCGAACCAGGAAAUGGUGAUGAUGAUGAUGAUGACGAUGGGGAGGAAACCACUGAUGUCAUCAACUGGAGUGGCACUCAUCAAGUAUCCGUCAAGAGCAAGAAUCUAUUUGAACCAGAGUCACUCGAAGAAGUUGAAGCGAUCGUCAAGGAACGUCAUCAAAAGGGUCAGACGAUUAGACCCCUAGGAUCCUCACUGAGUCCCAACGGUAUCGCACUGAAUCAAGACGGAAUGAUCUCCAUGGUCAAUAUGGAUCAAGUUUUGGACAUUGAUACAAAGAACAAUACCAUUACGGUUCAAGCGGGAAUCACAGUCAGUAAGGCUGUGGAAGCACUGCGAAAACACAAGCUCACACUCCCCAACUUGGCCAGUAUCGCCGAACAACAAUUCGGGGGCUUUGUGCAAGUUAGUGCUCACGGUACAGGGCGGCUCAUUGCUCCAGUCGACCACUACGUUACCAAACUAAAACUAGUCACUCCAGCUUUGGGGACUAUUACACUCACCAAAGAAGAGAAUGGAGCAUUGUUUGAGUUGGCCAAGGUUGGACUGGGCUGUCUGGGAGUGGUGGUGGAAGUUACAAUGGAAUGCAUUCCAGCUCACAAACUGGUGGAACACACCUUUACCCUGACACGGCAGCAAGCACGAGAACAAAAAGAUAACUUGCUCAAGAAACAUAAACACAUGCGAUACAUGUGGAUUCCUUAUACAGACACGGUCGUUGUGGUUACCAAUGAUCCCGAGGAUCAGGUCCCCAAAGGUACUCCACGUUUCCAAUCGCCGGCAGGUUCCAAUGCUCAAAAGAUGGCACCCUUGACCAACCUCUUGGCCGAGUUGCAUGGAGAAAAAGGAAUAACUUACGAUUCCGAAGUGGUCCAAGGCAUGGGGUUUGGAGAAGUCAGAGAUGCGUUGUUGGCCUUUGAUCCUUUGGAUAUUGAUCAUGUCAAGCGAUGCAACCAAGCAGAAGCAGACUUUUGGACGAAGAAUGAGGGAUACCAAACUCAGCCAAGCGAUAAGCUACUUCAGUUUGAUUGUGGAGGUCAGCAGUGGGUCUUUGAGGUCUGUUUUCCAACUGGUACGAUAGAAACCAACAAUGACAAUGACACUAAAUUUAUGGAACAGCUCCUUGAAGGAAUUGAGAAAAAUGGCAUCCCGGCACACUCGCCCAUUGAACAGAGAUGGUCGGCAGCCUCCUCGUCGACAAUGUCACCCGCUCAUGGUCCAGAAGAUGGCUUGUUUUGUUGGAUUGGAAUCAUUAACUAUCUUCCAUCGGACGAUCUGGACCAACGCAACGCCAUUACAAAUUUGUUUACUGGAAGUUACAGUGAUUUAGUUCGCAAAGUGGGGCGACCUGUGCAAAUGGUCAGUCACUGGGCCAAGCUAGAGGAGCCCCGAUCGGUCACAAAAGCAGUGGACAUGAAGAUGAUUUACCAAGAUCGAUAUCCGGUCACAGAGUUCAACCGAGCUAGGGCUCUUUUCGAUCCAAAGAACAUUCUUUCAAACAAACUUCUUGACCUUGUAUUUGGGGUACCAAAGGAAAGCUAA